AUGGUCAGAGUCCCAGACUUUCUAACAGCGGAUUAUGAUGGGUUUAGAAGGUACCUUGGUGAAGUAGCCUCAGAACAGUCAGGAGACACAGCUGAUGCUAAGGCCGGUAACUGGGUCAAUGUCCACGAAAAUCUUGAGUACAGCAACCUGCUGCUACCUGUCAGUGAACUCAAGGACUCUGGGGUUCACCGGUACAGUUACAAGUACACGUACAAUAAUAAGUACAGGUACAAUGACAAGUGCAGCUACAAUGACAAGUACAGGUACAAUGACAUGUACAGUUACAAGUAUAAUGACAAGUACAGGUACAAUGAUAAGUACAGGUACAAUAACAAGUACGGGUACAAUGAUAAGUACAGGUUCAAUGAGAAGUACAGUUACAAGUACACGUACAAUAAUAAGUACAGGUACAAUGACAAGUGCAGCUACAAUGACAAUUACAAGUGCAGGGACAAUGACAAGCAUAGAUACAAUAACAAGUACAGGUACAAUGAUAAGUACAGGUACAAUAACGAGUACAGUUACAAAUACGGGUACAAUGAUAAGUACGGGUACAACGGCAAGUACGGAUACAAUGGCAAGUACGGGUACAACGGUAAGUACGGGUACAAUGGCAAGUACGGGUAUAACGGCAAGUACGGGUACAACUGCAAGUACGGGUACAAUGGCAAGUACGGCUACAACGGUAAGUACGGGUACAAUGGCAAGUACGGGUACAACUGCAAGUACGGGAAUACGGGUACUACGGAAAUGCGGGUACAACGUGGCACGAGCGGGUUUAACCGCAGUGCAGAUUGCAACGGCAAGUACGGUUACAACGGCCUUGAGAUUACGGGUGCAUGGCAAGCAUGCAG